AUGGGCUAUGAUUGGGAGAGCCAUAAAGAAACAUGUCAUCGGCUGUACAUCCGCCAGGGGUGGUCCCUCGAGCGCAUCAUGGCGUAUCUGAGGACCGAGUUUGACUUCACACCGAGUCGACGUGCCUUCCAGAGCCAGUUCCGGCGCUGGGACUUCCCACUCAAAACAAAGAGCCGUUGCCAAGAUGAGCGGCUCCUGGGCCGUAUCAAGGAGUUGUGGGAGCAGAAUUUUUCUCCCAACGAGAUGAUUAAAAUGCUUGUCGACGAAGGCUUUGAUGCCGGUCCGCAUGAAGUAAUGAAGCUGCGUCUUAAGAAUAGAUGGCUGUUUCGCGGGCCGAACAAUGAAAAAGCAAAGAUUGUCGAUGCUACUGCUGCCGACUCAAACCAUGAGCUGGAACUACAGGAAAAUUUGCAAUCUUCUGCUUUGCUGGAUGUGGAUGUGGACGAUAGUAACAUAUCUCUGCCGCACGACGAGAAAGGGCAAGGGGGAAGGGGAGUGGAAAGAGAAAAAGAAAGAGAGCUGGACGCUGAAGACGCAAACGAGGCUAUAUCAAACCAUCCUCUUUCCACGCCCUCGCCUGGACCCGCACACGAUGAUGAUGCGAACGCUACCGAGCCUAUGGAAAACCAAGCUGACAAGCAUAAGAAGAAACGAAAUCGAUUCAAGACGGACGCCUCUGGAGCUAUUGUACGGUUUCCUUCGGAAAUGACGAUUGAUGAUGCUCGAAACAAGUUGGGUCUAGACAAGACUACAUAUCGUUUGCUCCGUACUGAAUUUCGCAACAUUUGUACGGCCAUGGAUGUCAGUAAAAAAUCUGCCGGAUCCGACAAAUGGGAAGCUGCCAAGACUCGUCUUCUGCACGAAAGGCCCGAGCUGUACCACAAGCUGUGGACGCCCGAAGAUGAGUUGGAAAUGAAACAGGCCGCGUUGGAUGUCAUCUGUACAGAUAUUGCGAAAAGGAUGCGCUCCAUGGAUACCAGACUGAGCGUAGCGGAAGUCAAGAACGCAUUAGGAAUGAACCCACAACAAGCAAGAGAUGCCCGAGUUGCCUUCAAUGAGGUGCUUAUCGAAGCCGGGCUCACCAGAAAACUUGAUUCCACGCCCACAUCUCAGCAGUGGGGUAAUUUGAGAAGGCUAUGGGGCAAGCGUUCAGAUGUAAUCAAGAAGAUUCUCGACGACAUAGACAGCGAUCCCAGUGAUCGUCUGAAAGUCAAAGCUCUUGAUGUAUUAUCACGAGACACUUUGAAAAGACUACGCGACAAUCGCGCCAACAGAAGCUCGAAAAAACAGCGACCGUCUGGACGAAUUGAAUCAGACAUGAGUCAGAUCUCUGCUGAUGGCAUGGACACCAACCAUGAUGAUACCGGCCUACUACUCCAUCCGCAGCUCUCCCCUGAUCAGAUAGACCUUGGAGAUGGCUUGUCCACAAGCGCACUUGAUGAUGUGUCUGAUGCUUCAUAUACUACUCCUCAAGCUAUGUUGAGUCCCGAGAGUGGCGCUAUACCGUCUUAUUUACCUCUGUCUUUGCCACCUUCUGGCAUGGUUGGCGUGUCUUUAGAUGCUCCAAAUGCCGCUUUACGACCGCAACCUCGUCCCUUACCUUCUCAGCGAAUCUUCAAUCCCGCAGGAGCCCCCAACGUGCAUUUAGAUUCAACGGUUGGACAAUCAUUAUUACUUGCAUCAAAUACGGGCACAAGCUUCCUAAAUGCGCCAUAUGUAGCUCAACCAUAUGACUCUUCAAACCCUUCGACGCAAAUGUUUCAUCAUAAUCCUCCAAUAUUGACAGCAUACGCUGUCUAUUUCCGAAUGCAUCCAUCGUCAACCUUUAUUACUAGCGAGCCUCUAUGGAUAGCUACUAUGAACUCCAAAUCGGUUCAGGAGCUGCGACAUGCUGCAACAGAGAAGCUGCCAGGAGCGGCCUGUCUUAGGAUUGAAGGCAUGGUGAAGGAUAGCAACGGCAGCGACGUACCCUUGGUAAUUAACAGCGACGAGCAUCUCGGUGCUUUUUUAUCAUAUAGCCUAGGAGAGACACCGACUUUCCUUGUUCAACUGGUGUGGAAAACUGGCGAUGUUGGCCGCUUCUAA